GAGGGAGCGCGUGCUCGCGGCCCGGUCACGUGCCCCGCGUGGGGCGGUGCGGGGAAGCCGGGAGAUGCUGCGGCUGCUGGAGAAGCUGCCGCCGGGACGGGCCCUCGAGUUUCUUCAUAAAAUAGUUGAUGGCAUAUGUGGCCGUGCGUAUCCUCGAUACAAAGAUUAUGGCAAUAUCUGGAGCUUGUUGGAGUGGAUGGAGGUUUUAGAAGAAACAGGGAUGUAUUUCAAAACUGCAGUUGGCAAAAACAUAUCUGAUGAAGAGGCUGCUCAGCAGAUAAAUGAAUUAAAUUCAAGCUAUCAAGAAGCAAUCACAAAAUGCCUAAAAGGCAGAAAGGAAGAAAUCAGGAAUGCACUAGUGGAAAGAGUAAAUGCAAUCUCUUCUUCUCAGCUGCAGGAUUUUGACUGGCAGUUAAAGCUUGCUCUUUCCAGUGAUAAGAUCUCCAUGCUUCAGAUGCCACUUCUCAAUCUUGAUUUGGAUGUGAGAGAAAAUGGUGAAAUUAAACCAGUGUCUAUAGAGAUGAAUAAGGAGGAGUUGCAGAACCUAAUAAACUCACUGGAAGCUGCUAAUAAGGUUGUCUUGCAACUGAAAUGAUGGAAUUCAGCUUGUUCACAGUAUCUGAUGGCGAUGGUUCCCCGACUGACUUUGGGGGGGAGGAGGUAAAUGUUCUCUGCAAAGCCAGAAGUUGUUGAUACUGUAAAAUACUGAAGUGAGAAGGCUGUUAUGACUUGUGCCCAAAUAAGCAACUAAUCUUUUGAUAAAAAUAAUAGAAUCUUGUAUCUGUUUGACCAAAAAUAGAAAAAUCCAGUGUGCAAUUGCUUUUAGUACUAAAGAUGUCUAGAACUAUGGGAAAGCAUCACUUAUGAUGUGCCUGAUAAAACCAGGGCUUACUUGCAUAAUAUGUUGUCCUUAUCUAAGGUGCUGCCAUGAUAAUGAAGAACAUGACAGAGUACUUGUAGCAUUAAUCUGUUUAUACUUGUAAAUAGUAAAUAAACACUUGAUUUUGUGUGGAUAA